ACUUACUACUGAGACAAGGGAGUUGGAACGACCGGCCAUAGGACACCUUCCGUUUCUAUUUACUGCCCCUCUUCUAAGCUGAGCUGUCCACACUUCCGCCAUUAAAUACCACCAGACGAUAAUAAGAGGGGGGAUCAGCACCCAUUCGUCAGGCAGUGAUGGCUUUAGGACUGGGCCCCGCUGCAGCGGCGGCCUACAGUCCCAUGUUCGUCCUUCCGACGCUUAAUUUUACCGUUAACCAGGUGGCAGCGGUAUGCGAAACACUCGAAGAAAGUGGGGACAUUGAAAGAUUGGGACGAUUCCUGUGGUCCCUGCCAGUUGCACACCCAAAUUGCAGUGAACUCAAUAAAAACGAGGCGGUCCUCAGGGCCCGGGCCCUCGUGGCCUUUCACACCGGCAGUUUCAGAGAACUUUACCACAUUCUGGAGAGUCACCGGUUCACUAAGGCCUCCCAUACCAAAUUGCAAGCCAUGUGGCUCGAGGCCCACUAUCAAGAGGCCGAGAAACUAAGGGGUAGGCCCCUGGGGCCAGUGGACAAAUACAGAGUUCGAAAGAAGUACCCUCUGCCAAGGACUAUUUGGGACGGAGAACAGAAAACUCACUGUUUCAAGGAGCGAACCCGAAGUCUUUUGAGAGAAUGGUACCUCCAGGACCCCUAUCCUAAUCCGACCAAAAAGAGAGAGCUGGCUCAGGCCACAGGACUUACUCCCACGCAGGUCGGUAAUUGGUUCAAAAACAGACGGCAAAGGGACAGGGCAGCAGCAGCGAAGAAUAGGUUGCUUCAGCAGCAAAUGCAGCAACAGCACUUAAAACAACAAUCGAACGGAGGCAGCAACAAUAGUUCAGCCAGCUCAGGAAUUCUGAGCGGGCACCACCAUCAUUUACACGGUAGCAGCCCCACAUUAAACGGCGGCAACAAUGGCUCAUCGACCGGCGGCGGAGAUUCCAAGCACCGUCGGCGCAUGGGAGGCGGUCGCGACUCGAGCGGGCGGCCAGACGAGGACGACGAUGACGACAGGAUCAACAUUCUCGACGAUGACGAUGAUAAUUCGAACGGGAGUUUUGGGAGUCUUUGCGGGAGCAGUGCACCCCCUAGUAGUCCUGCCGCUGUUUCCACGACGUCGGACUCGAGUCGCAGCCCCUCUCCACACCACGGUCACCACACGAGCAACAACCACAACAACCACCACCACCACCAUCAUCACAAUAAUAAUCAUCACAAUCAUCAUAGGCCACCACAACCUUGACCGAGUGAAUAAUUAUUGCAUUUUAGAACUUUGAUAUAUAAUUUUGAAUAUAUCUAUAUACUAUAUAAAUCGAGAGAAGUAACAGGCACAGGAACGAAUCGAGAUAUCAUCUCUACUAAUGAAGAAGAUAAAGCAAUUUAGUAACUCUUUUAAAAAUAUAACUU